GAAAUAUUUGACCGGAAGUAACCACGAAUACUUAUCCAGAUCCAUUGGGCAUUAAAUCGAUCAUUUGCAAGUCAGCUUUAAAGUGUCACAUUAUUUACAUAUAUUCCUGAAGGAUUUCACAAGAACCAUUCGCGUGUACUGUGACAUAAUUGUGGACUUAAGUGCAAUCUACAAAUAGUUAAAUCUGUGUGUCGGAAUUACUUGUAUCUAAGGUCACAUCCAUGUGGCAACUAGUUUUAAAAGUUUCACGAUUUGCCUCUGCUUAGAGAGGAAGAGGUAUUACCCAAAAGCAACUAAAAUAAACUCACAUGUAUUAGUGGUGUUCAAAAAAAAAAAAAAAAACAAGAAAGAAAGAAAAAACAGCGCCGAGUAAAUUGCUCGACAAUUGACAAUUGAGCGAAAUUAAAUUGAAUCGUUGAAACAAGCGCCCAGUGCCACCUACACACAAAAAUACAUGGAUUUAGUGAAUCACAGAGAGGCACUUAGUUAGUUAGAAUCGGGCUCUUCCUUAGUGCGGAACCCCACGACAGCACACGACAAUGCAAACUAUCGAUCAAAUCCUGGGUGAACUGCAGAGGUUCUCGGGGCCCGAUUAUGUAGCCUUCGUUUCCAUGUUCCUGCUCUGCAUUGGCAUUGGCAUCUACUUUGGGUUUAUGAACAAAUCGGUGUCGGAAGAUGACUAUAUGCUGGGUGGACGAAAGAUGUUGGUGGUGCCAGUAGCCUUCUCAUUGGUGGCCAGCUUUAUAUCGGGCAUAACCCUUCUGGGCUUGCCCACGGAGGUCUAUUCGUAUGGCACGCAAUAUCUAUAUGUUUCACUGGGAGUACUUGGAAUGGUCUUUCUGAUGGGUGUGUUCUUCUUGCCCGUUUUCCAUGACUUGAAUAUCACAUCCACCUAUGAGUAUCUGGAGAUACGUUUCGAUCGACGACUUCGUCUAUAUGGAUCUGUGAUGUUUGUCAUCAUGAAUAUAGCCUAUCUUCCCAUUGUGAUAUACGUGCCGGCAUUGGCCUUCAAUCAAGUCACUGGCGUCGCCGUCCAUACGAUCACCCCAAUAGUGUGCAUCAUUUGUGUGUUCUACACGAGUUUGGGAGGACUCAAGGCUGUAGUUUGGACGGAUGUUGUACAGGCGAUCUCCAUGAUGGGCGCUCUGGCUCUGGUGGCCAUUAAAGGUAGCUUGGAUAUAGGCGGAGCUGGUGUCGUAAUUGAUCGGGCAUGGAAAACGAAUCGCCUGGAGGCUCCCGAUUUCAAUCCGGAUCCAACUGUUCGUCAUACCUUCUGGUGCUUGUUUGUGGGAGGGACUAUCUAUUGGACUCAGACCAAUGCCGUCUCCCAGAAUAUGAUACAACGGUAUCUCGCGUUGCCCACUCUGGCUGAUGCUCGCAAAGCUCUGUUCAUCUUCUGUGUUGGAGUCUUAAUUCUGAUGGGCUUGUGUAGCUACAAUGGUCUGUUGAUCUAUGCCACCUACGAGAACUGUGAUCCUCUGACCACCAAGUUGGCCAAGGCUCGUGAUCAGCUAUUGCCGCUCUUUGUCAUGGACACACUGGGUGAACUGCCGGGCAUGACGGGUCUCUUUAUAGCGGGUGUCUUUAGUGCUGCCUUAAGUUCGCUGUCCACAUGCCUAAACUCCAUGUCGGCAGUAGUUCUGGAGGAUUUCGUAAAGCCUUAUGUGAAGAAACCUCUCUCGAAUUCCGCCACCAAUUGGAUCAUGCGUCUGGUGGUCGUCGGCGUGGGGGCUCUGUGUGUCGGCCUUGUCUAUGUGGUUCAGCAUAUGGGAACUGUGCUGCAGUUAACUAUGAGCCUGGAAGCCAUAACCAAUGGUCCGCUCUUUGGCAUUUUUACCCUUGGCAUCUUCUUGCCCUGGAUCAAUGGCCAUAGUGCCCUGCUGGGUGGAGUUAUGGGAGUCCUUGCCAUGUCCUGGGUCACACUGAAUGCCCAGUGGGCCAUUGCCUCGGGAGCCAUAAGCUAUCAGACCAAAUCUCUGAAUGUAGAUCAGUGUGAUUACAGUUUCAACUCCACCAGUUUAUCGCACAAUUCUACCCACAUUAUGGGUACUUUGGCUCAGGAUAUAUUUCCACUAUAUCGCAUAUCCUAUAUGUGGUAUACCUCGCUUGGAGCUGCCAUUACCAUAGCAGUAGCUUUGCUGUCAUCCUUUGUUUUUGGCAAGAAUAAUCCAAACAAAAUUGAUCCUGUCCUUUUGACGCCUUGCAUUCGAAAGUACUUUAGCUUUGGUUCCGCUACAGUCGUGAAUGCUUACAAAACCGAUCUUAACAUUCCCAUGCAACAUAAAUUACGCAGCGAUGAGGUGGCACUUUGAGUUAACAAGAACGCGAAGUCACAAUCGAAGCUACAAAAGAUUUUUAUUAUUUUAAUGGGGUCCGUUUCUUUGGAAUAACAAUUUUAAAAAGAAUAAUAUCUAGAAAAUGCCUUCAUCCUAUGGUUGGCUUUCAUUUUAUAAUCAUUGUUUGGAUUGUCACACAUCAUGUUAGGAGAAUAGAUUUACAUAUUUGCAUGUGAGAGUGAGUAGGAACAAUUAAAUAAGAUUAACAAAAACAAAAUUUUGCGAAAUAUCUGUGCAUGAAUCGAAUUUGUGAUGGAUUUUGUGUUUAUUUCGGUUGCUGCUGGACCUUGGAAAGCAAAGUGCAGCGCUCAGACUCAUUGAGAUGUUCAUAGAAGUUGGGAAAGUGCUCGUUUUGGGCAAAAUUGGUCAAGAACUUUUGCAGAUUCUCGGCAAUGUCACCUUGAUAGUUGGACUCCUUGAGCAGUUCCUGCAAUAGUUGCUCAUCCUCGGCAGAGUCAUCAUCGGUCUCAAAGCACAGAUCGGAGAUGUAUCGUGGUUUAGACGCACUCCCUGGACCAUCAUCCACAGCGUCGUCAUUGUCGUCCUCCGAAUCUGUGCACCCUUCGUCCGCCGUUUUACUCUCUUCGAAAUGCUGAUACUCUGAGAUAAGAACCUUGAAGAUUUUGACCAGAGCAGGAAUGGUGACAGUGACCCAUUUCUGAUUCGAUGCCACAGAACGGGUGCGUCGUCGGUCAUCGCUAGUUUCCUCCACCUGUUCCUUGUAGGUGAUGGAGGUCAACCGAUUAUCCUGAGUAGCUACGCCAUAUUCAAAGAGUUUGCAUAGCGCCAUUGUGGUAACCUGUGUGAAAAAUAUGAUUUGGUUAAUGUUUGCCUGCUUGACGCUACUCGGUGGCCGGCUCUCACCUUGCGCUCGUACAUGCCAAAGAAGGAAUUCUGCCGCGACAGCCAAUUGGUAAGGACAAAUUGCAUGGCUGGCUCACCAUUUGGACCCGGUACUGUCGAUAGAAAAUUUAGCACAGCGUCCAUUUGAGUAAGGAAGAGAUGGGCGAAUAUCAAGACCAGGUUCAUAAUAACUUUAAGGCAUUCGAGAUUCUGCAUCUUGCUGAUCACAGCCUUGAGGAGCAUGUCCACAUUCUCGCCCAGCAUGUUGCCCAUCUUUGUGAUAAUCGUGAUUAUCAGACGACCAAUCUGGCCGGCCGCUGUCAUCUCGCUGUCCAUGGGAUUGAGUAGAAUGGCAGCCACCUGCAUAAUACAAUUAACUCCUUCCCCGUUCUUGUAGCUGCAUAUCUGUUCGGGUGACACAUUGAUGAAACUACGCAGGCAUUCCCCGCCGGACACCAUCACGGCGUGGUCAUCCGUUUGCAGAACACAAUUCAUCAUGGCGGGAAAGACAGUAUCCAGCAUAAUGCUGGGCAGGGGAGCCUCCGUGUACUUCACAAUGGUGUUCAGAAUGUCUAGAGCAAUGUCCUGCUUCUCUUUGGCCGGUUCCCCGGUGAGCGACAAAAUGCUCACAAUGGUGGGUAUGAAUUUUUCCUGCAAUGGUCCGAGACACUGCUUGCGCUGGCACAGGGCCUUGAUUAGGUCCUGGACGUUCUCCAGCACAUAGGGAUCCUCGGCGUAUUUGAGAAAGACGGCGAUCACCAGUGGAAUUAUCUUGCCAUGGGCAGCAUAGGCAAAGUCAGCAUCAAACUAGGAUUUAGAAGUGAAAGAUGAAAACUAAUUCCACUGAUCACAACUCUAGCCUUACCUUAACCAUCAUGGUAAGAGCCUCCAUAAGCAAAGCCAACACACUAGCCUUACACCCUGGCACCAGAGCCAUUAUGCCAUCGAGAAAUCCUGGCAGCUUGGACACUAGCAAGGUUCGCUUUUGGCCCUCCACCGACUCGUUGGCCUGCAAGAAGCCAUGGAAGGAACGCACAGCACUAAUACGCAGAAUAAGGAAUUUUUCCGGCGACAGGCUGCAUAGGGUUACAUCCAGAAUUUCCGACAACAUCUGUGGAUUGUACAAUUCCGAACUGGAAUAGGUGCUUAGCGUCCAAAGGGAGCGACCCACUAAAUGAGGCAGCUCUUGAUGCACUAGCAGGUUGCGCACAAUUGUCAGAUAGUUGAGCAAAUCGAAUUUCGAUUCGUCAUCAACGAUGACAUCGCGGAAAGAGUGUACGGCCUCCAUGCAGGCUUCCUGGAUUUUCCACCAGUUUGGAUUGUUGGCCGCCUUUUCGGCCUCCGCUACGCUAAAAUGACGACCCAAUGCCUCCUGUAGCGGCUGAAUGGCCUUGAUGCCAAAUUCAUCAUUGAUUGCCUACAGAAGCAGAGAGGGAUAAUCAUACAAGGAUUACCGGGCAAUGGUUUAUAUUCUUACCAGGAGAACAUCCCGACCACAGACGCGCACUGUUAGCUCUACUCCGCCAUCGUCCUCAUCGUCCACAAAUUUCUCGGGAUCGUCUUGCCAAUCCUCCAACUGCUCUUCACUUAGCUGAAUAUACACAAUUGUGAUAUAUAUUAAAUCGGCUAGAACGUUCUUCAUGCUGCCACGAAGUUUUCCGCAUGUGAGAAUACAAUUGAUGAACUCUAGAAUCUGUAUGAUUAGAGUUUGAAAGUUUGUUUGCUCGUCGUCGUCCUCGCUGUCGCCAGUAGCCAAGGGAUUGGCCUCAGUCUGAUUAACCGAGACCUUAACAUACGUUUCCGCUAUCUGGGUAAGCAAUUGCCAGAUGAUGGGUAAAAUGCGAUCCAUAUACGGAUUUAUAUAUUUAGGCAUAUCGGUGACAAGAUGGGUAAAUACUGAAAGAAAAACAGAUAAGAUGAGAAUGUAAACAGAGCUAACAGAGCUCCGCUUCUACCUUUGAUAAUCUCUGAGCGCAAUAAAAAGUUGGAUCCCGAGGCACUGUUCAUGCUCAGAUAGUGCAUUAGCUUUUCCAUGAAAUUAUUUAGGAUGGAACUGAUCAUGGUGCUCUGCUCUUGCUUGUCAGUAAUCAAUGUCCCUAUUGAUCUUAACAGAGGCUUCAGUAUCCGUAUGGCCGAUGCUCUUGUCUUGAUCGAAUAGUUUUGCUCAGAGUCGAAAAUGCGGUACACUUCUGGAAUUACCACCGGUCCCAAUUCCUUGAUUUGCUGGACAUCGUAGAUGAACUCCUGCAGGACCUGCAAUGCCCCGUGGAUAGAGUCUUCAUUGCCCCCCAGGCAUUUUACAAUUAUAUCGAACAGCUCUGCCCAGCAUUGGGGAUAGUCUGUGGCCGCAAUUGUGGAUAUCGUAUGGGCCACGGAUGAACGUAUCUUUGAAUUGGGAUCGUACAAGCCGUUGGGCAAUAUAUUUCGAAUGGUCCUUUUUGCCUGUUCACUGGCCAAGCAACCAUUUUCUCUGUCCUCCAGUUCAGUCCAAUGAGCCUCCACAUAUCGAGUCAACAUGACAAUGGCGAUUUGUCGCAGCGGCAGCUCUUGCGACUGAUUCAUUAUAAUCUCCGACAAAUAGACGCCAUAUCCUAAAAUUAUAAUCAAACGUUAAGCCCGGAAGAAUGUGCGUGGGUGGGGUUGGUGUUGCUACUGCCCGCCAAUUCUGAACGCAGACGCACCUUCUGUGAAUUCUAGCUGCUUGAUGCGUCUUUCUGCCUGCUGGAGCGUCGAUGUGUCCGGACUAAGCAGAUUCUGCAGAUCCUCUAUAAUGGCCUGCUUUACAGAGUCGCCACAGUCGUUUUGGAAUUGCAGUGACAUUGUUUAUUUUGUCGAAAAUAAAAAAAAUCAGCAAAAAUCAGCCGGCAAUCUGUGGUCCACAUGUGUUUUAAAA